UGUAGUGGUGUGUAACCUACGUCCCGACAAAUAACAAGUCGAAAAUAAAACGACAGUUAUCAUUAAUUCAGAUCAAAAGCAAUUAUCCAAUCAUUGUCUUCUUCUCAGAUGAUGUAGGCUUACGAUAGAAAAUGGCGAAAGAAAACAAACGUACAAUUUUGUCACACGAAGAAGUUGAAUUGUUAAUGAAGCUUGAUGCCAAUGUGUGUUCUAAUUACCUUCAUAGGCUUAUAGAUGGUGUAUGUCACAGAGGGAAGCCAAGUUAUGAAGAGUACAAAAAGUGGUGGAACUUGCACGAGUGGUGGUGUGUUGGGGAUGCCUUCACUGGCCUAUACAAACAUGCAGUGAAACACUCGUGGGGAAAAGAGCAGUUCCUAGAGCAGGUUUCCUCUCUGACAGCUGAAUACCAGACUGCGGCCUGUGAUGUAUUGGUGAGCAGGGAGAAGGAGGUCAGGAGUCAGCUACUGAUGGACAGUCAUGCCAUCUCGCAUGCCUCCAUGACAGACUUUGACUGGAAACUGAAGCUUGUGCUAUCAAGUGACAAGAUAUCCAGUGUACAAGAGCCACUUCUGUCACUUGAUAUGAUUAUUCAAACCAACGAUGGCCAAAAGACGGUAGCAGUGGAGCUGAACAAGGGUCAGCUUGCUCAUCUGAUCAGCACUUUAGAGGCAGCAAAUAAGGCAAUUAUACAGCUGAAGUCGUAACAAGAAUCUGCCAUGGAGGUCUGGUUGUGGCUGCUAGGGACCAAAUAAUGCCUGUGAAAUGUGCCAUUGGUUCAAGUGACUGUAGUGUGACACUGUGCAAUAUGUUACUCAGUUUUAUAUGGCUUCAUAUAUAUACAUACUAUGUAAUAAAAUUAAUAAAAAAUCAACUAUGCUG